UAUCGUCGCAAUAACUAUCUUUCCAAUACAGGUUUUCUUAAAGUUUUCGUUCUUUUAAUGCCCUCGGCCUGCUUCGAGUCUGCUUCGAGUGUGAAAUUAGGAGAGAUGGAGGCAUCAAUACCUUUCAAGAAUCUCCAUAACCGAGAGUAUCAAGGUCACAAGAAGAAGGUGCAUUCGGUGGCGUGGAAUUGCGCAGGGACGAAGCUAGCUUCGGGUUCUGUGGAUCAAACCGCCCGUGUCUGGUACAUUGAGCCCCAUGGACAUGGUAAGGCUAAAGAUAUUGAAUUGAAGGGUCACACUGAUAGUGUGGAUCAGCUGUGUUGGGACCCCAAGCAUGCUGAUCUUAUUGCAACUGCGUCAGGUGAUAAGACUGUCCGUUUGUGGGAUGCUCGAAGUGGGAAAUGCUCACAGCUGGCAGAACUUAGUGGGGAGAACAUCAACAUCACCUACAAACCCGAUGGGACACACGUAGCUGUUGGUAAUAGGGAUGAUGAACUAACAAUACUGGAUGUUCGGAAAUUUAAGCCAAUUCAUAAGCGCAAGUUCAGCUAUGAGGUAAAUGAGAUUGCGUGGAACAUGACAGGAGAGAUGUUCUUUUUGACAACCGGAAAUGGUACUGUUGAAGUACUGGCAUACCCAUCUCUGCGACCACUUGACACCCUCAUGGCUCAUACGGCUGGUUGCUAUUGUAUUGCAAUUGAUCCUAUGGGAAGAUAUUUCGCUGUUGGAAGUGCUGAUUCCUUAGUCAGCCUUUGGGAUAUAUCAGAGAUGCUCUGUGUGCGAACAUUUACAAAACUUGAAUGGCCUGUCCGGACAAUAAGCUUCAAUUACACUGGAGAUUACAUUGCUUCUGCCAGUGAAGACUUGUUCAUUGAUAUAGCAAACGUUCAAACUGGACGGACAGUGCAUCAAAUACCAUGUCGGGCUGCCAUGAACAGUGUGGAAUGGAAUCCAAAAUACAAUUUACUUGCGUAUGCUGGGGAUGACAAGAACAAAUAUCAGACUGAUGAAGGUGUUUUUAGAAUAUUUGGCUUUGAAAGCACCUGACUGCAAGGCAGGGAGCAUUGGAUCAGGACUUUUAAUCAAUUUUUUUUUUUUUUUUUUUUUUUUUUUUUUUUUUUUUAUGUAGAACACCAGUUGGAUUUCUCCCCUUUUUUUUUGUUUAAUUUAGAGAGAGAGAUGAAAGUUGUAAAAGUUGUAACAUGUUUCUUGAUAGUAAAAAAGUGGCAAUACUUCAUCAGCAUUGGGCCAGCAUUUUUAAUCAAUUUUAUAUGAAGAACCAGUUGGAUUUCUCCCCUUAUUAA